CGAAAAAGACACUCAAACUGCAUAUACUGUGCUUGUAGAGAAAGAAGACGUUCUUUCGCUGUGAAAAUUUGCAGCUUUUCUGCUGGAUAUUGUCUGUUUCUCUUAAAAAAAUAUUUGAAAACUAAAGUAAAAAGUUGCCUGCUGUAGUGAAGGGUGAAAUUAACUAUUAAAACUGGCUAUCGAAGCCACAUUCUGUAUUUGCAAAAUUCAUUUCGAUCACCGUCUGCUCGAGGAAAUUCAAAGAUGGACGACAAGCGAGGUGGCAAAAAGAAAGAUAAACGAAAGUCGCGCAGUAGGAGUCGCAGCCGAAGUCCAGAUUACGGUCGAAGAAGACGCGAACAUCGAAGCAAUAGCCGAGAUCCCAGGCGAAGACCCCGCGACAUGGACGCUUCGAAUAUGAGAAGACGUAGAGGCCGCCACAGCCCAAGUCCUCCACCACCGCCAAUGAUGCAGGAUGUUCCACCGCCGCCGAUGAUUGGAAAUGCCUCGUACAUGGGUACGGGACCGAUAUAUGAUGCUUACGGUGGUUACGGACCACCCGCCGCUCAGGGCUAUAUGACUACCGGCUAUGUUGGGUAUGAUUACGGAGCACCGGCGGUUGCUACGAUUGAUAGCUACGGCGCAAUGGUAAGUGCUCCCCCGCCUAUGAUGAUGGGACAACCGAUCCCACCGGGUGAUGAGUAUGGUAGCCAGCAGGGAUGGAGUGCUCCGCCGCCAGGAAUGCCAGUUAUUCAGGAAACUGAAGAGGAAAAACGAAAGCGUGAAGCUGCUAUCGCUUUGGAAGUUCGUAAUCAGCGGGCGUCACUGAAGAAGCAACGUGAUGAUUACCAGCGUCGAGCUGGCGCGUUGAAACGCGAACUAAAGAUACUUAAGCAGCAGCGUGGUGAUCUUAGCUCUGGACGUGAUCCGCCAUCGCCCACAACUAGUAAUUUCAUCAAGGAGAACGACAAACUUCAGUCACAGAUUCAGAGCAAGAUCAGCACAAUCGAGAAUGUCAUCGACAUGUUGGAUGGAAUUAUUGGCAAGGAUAAGUCACCAACGCCUCCACCACCUCCUAUCAAUACCAGCGGAUCGCCGAAUCAUGAAACUGGCAGUAAAAAUCGGAAGGAGUCGGAAUCAUCUGCUUCACCCGAGCGUCUCAAGAAUGAGGUCCUGGAAACGAUGAAGCGUGGCAAGGCGAAGAAGGAGGAAAAAUCGACCGUAAAAACCGAAGCGGACGACGACCGAAAGCGCAGAUCACAUUACAAUUUUAUUUACUACGAUCCCGAACUGCACUGGUGCUCCAAAUGCGAUAUAUUCCCCAAAACAGCCAAGGAAUAUUUGAACCAUCUGCACUCGGAGCAGCAUCUGGCGGCAACCAGCACAUCGCAAGAAUAUCCAUGGCGCGAAAAGCUACCGCCAGACGAUAGUACCAACCAUCCGGGUUUACCCAGCAAGCGGACACCCAUCCGUGGGCUGCAGUUCUUCAUUCCGGCAACGGCCUGGUACUGCAAAGUUUGCAACUACUGGAUGGGCGAUCUACACUGCGCUUCGGUGCACCUCAAAUCGAAGAUGCAUGGCGAUAACUACGGGGAAUUCAUCGAUUCCCAGCCAAAUUUUGAAAUCGACUGGAUGACCGAACGGCAGAAAGCCUACGAACGGAUGCGGGACAGCGAUCGACAGCAGCAGCAAGCAAGCACAACCACACGGGACGUUCCGGACAGUGGUGCGGCACAGGCACGCGUCGCCGGGCAAGGUGAGCUUGAUUUUCUAACUGCCAGUUCCUUGCAGAAAGAUACGGGCAUUGAUUUGGGUGGUAAAAAGAAGAAAAAAAGCAAGAAGGAGGAAAAACGCGAGAAGAAGAAAAAGAAGCGUUCGAAAAAGAAGAAGAAAGCAGCUUCUUCCAGCAGUUCGAGCACCAGUUCGGACUCCGAUUCCGAUUCGGACAAGAAGAGCACCCGCGGGGAUGAGUUCGAUCCGGCUACCUCGAUUCGGGUAGCAAUGCGAAACAUUCUAAAGGCACAGGAAGCGGCUAAAGAUGGCCAUCUUCAUCCGCUGGAUGCAUCGGCUGGCAAAUGGACCGUCGUUCAGCCGGCACCGCCCCCGCAGGAACUUACAGCUCCGCCUCCACCAUUCAUGACGGCCGGUGCAGAAAGCCGCGAAAAGAAACGAGACGAACUGAUGCUUUCCCAGUGGGUAACCCCGGAUCCGGUUAUUUCCGAAACGGAAAAACAGCUACUGGAACAAUUGAAAGGUAAGAUGACUAAACGCCGGGACGAGGUACCCUCGAAAGGGGGAGACGGUGAUCGUUCAGAUCGAGGACGACGAGCAACUGCCGAUGAUGGACGCCGCGGUGGCGGCGGCGACGAUGGGCGUCGUGGACCAGGAGAUGAUGGGCGGCGGGGAGGAGGUGAUGAUGGGCGCCGGGGAGGAGGCGAUGAUGGGCGCCGUGGGGCCACCGAUGAUGGACGACGAGGUGCUCCCGACGAUCGGCGACGCAGUAGGUCCAUAACUCCACCAUGGCGACGAAACUUUAGCCCAAGUCGACGGUUUGGUUUCGGCAGAGACAGAAGAAGCCCCCCUGACCGUCGUCGUGAGCGGGAUGCGGAACGUGGGGGUCGCUUCGAUAGACGAAGACGCAGCAGAUCGCGUGGACGGCGUAGUCCCAGUUAUGGGCGCGGCAGAUUCCGGUUACGACGUUCGUACUCCCGGUCCAGAUCUCGCUCUCGUAGCAGACCAAGGGUUAUCGAGAAACCUGUAGUAAACUUCCCGCCGGAGCCUAAACCAAAACCGGAAAAGAAACACAAAGAAAAGAAGGACGAGGAAAAGAAAGAAAAGAAACAACCGGUUUCGAUGGCGAUUGGACAGAAAAAGUUGCCUUUCAUUGGACGGAUGCCCGUUUUCAAAAAGCAACAACAAGACCUCAAAAAAGAGGAAUCCUACGCAGUCGAGGAAGUGAUUGGCAGUGAGCCAAUCGGCGUCGAAAACGGAUCCAAGCUACAAUCAGAAGAAUUCGUCGAUAUGAUGCCUGACCCCUACCAAUUUGUAGCUCUAAUGGGAGCUCCACCUCCGCCACCAAAUCAUCCCUCUAAACCGGACGAAAGCAUACUACCUCCGGGUAUCGAUGAAACCGAAGCCGACCUGGUACCGAAACCGAUUAGUGAUGCACCAAUCCCUCGCAAAGGUCCUCUGCCGAAAGACUUCCAGGAAGCCCUGGACAUCAUUUUCGACGGCGACAGACAAAAACCGGGUGAUGUUAUAGCCAACGAGACAAAACUUCCCGAAGUGAUGCCGCCCGAACCGGUUGUCCCGGUUCUGGACACUGACCAGCCACAGAUGAUCGUACCGGAAGCGAUCGAAAUCUACAAUCAACAGAUCGCCGCUCAAUACAACACCGCAGUUGUAUCGGGUGCGGCCGUUUCGUACGACGAUGAAUCCCAGAACCAGCCACUGGAAAUGGGUUCCAACGAUGGUAUGGUGGUGGAGCACUCGUCGGAUUCCCUGUUUCCACCAACCAGUUCACCGGGUGAUAAUACGACCAGUAACGAUGAUGGCACGGCGAUGAGCAGUGAACCGGAAAUCCCGCAAGCACCUCCACCGCCGGAGAUUGAAAACGAAGAAACACGCCGCAAGCGGGCGGAACUGGAGGAACUGGCCAUGCUGGGAAUCGAUGCCGACGAUAUGGCGGCUCAGAUUUUCUGAGAAAAAUAACUGUUUUCCUUUAUUCGAGUCGUAGGUUUUAGGUUUCGUGUGUAAUCCAACAUUUACAGGUUAUAUGGUGAUGUAUUAAAUUUUUUGACCAGAGACGUUCGUAAGGUGGGGCAGGAUUUUCUUUGGAACCAAGUCUAAGUGAAGUACCGGACCUUUGCCACAAAAUAGAAACGCUAUCAUAAAA